AUGACAGUGGCACAAUUGACAGAGCGUAAAGUUAGGGUCGAAGCUACAUGGGCUCAUUUCGAUGAAGUGCAGUCUGAGAUAGAGCAAUUACAAGAGGGACCCGAUUUUGCUGAGAAUCACGAGCAUGAGAGAGUGGAAUAUGAGGAAACGUAUUACGACGUCAUUUCAAAGUUUCAAGAAUUGAUUGUCUCUCGUGAAGUAGUGAAUUUUCCGAUGGUAGAAGCGCAUACCGCAAAUGUCGCGCGUAAUCAGGCACCAGUUAACGAUUUAAAGCUUCCAAGAAUUAACUUACCGUCUUUUUCAGGUGCAUACGAGGAGUGGUAUCCAUUCCACGAUACCUUUCAGUCUCUCAUUCAUAACAGUCUCUCAAUUACUGGGAUCCAAAAGUUCCACUAUCUAAGAUCAUCUCUAAAGGGAGAAGCGGCUGAAGUAAUUUGUUCGCUUGAGAUUUCGUCUGAUAAUUAUGAGCAGGCAUGGCAAAUGCUAAAGGCGCGUUAUGACAAUAAGCGUCUGAUCAUUCAGAAACACAUCAAGUCAUUGUUUGAAUUGCAACCGGUAUCUAAGGAAAAUUAUUCAAGCCUUCGUCAUUUGGUCGACGGACUUUUAAAGCAUAUGCGAGCUUUGAAGGCGAUUGGCCGUCCUACAGAAACAUGGGACGAUCUCAUUAUACAUAUGAUAACUGGCAAAUUGGAUCAUACUACAAAUAAGGAAUGGGAAAAUAGUAUCUCUGGAGAGGAUAUUCCCACUGUACAGAGCUUUACCGAGUUUUUGGAACAUCGAUGUCAUGUAUUAGAGGCUAUCAGUAGAAAUAAGGCACAAGUUGCUCCACAAUCGCAAAUUAAGCACGGUCAGACAAAGACUUCAACACUCCACAGUUCAAAGACAGCAUCCUGCUUGAAAUGCAAGGAGGCUCAUCAAAUUUAUGCAUGUUCACAGUUUUUGAAGCUUUCACCAGAAGAGCGUUUCAAAUUUGUCAAAGAAAAUAGGUUAUGUUGGAACUGCUUGGGAACCUCAGCGCACACGGCAAAAUUGUGCAGAUCGGGCGGUUGCAAAACAUGUGGAAAACGACAUAACACGCUACUCCACCUUACCAAUGAGAAAGCAGAAGGCGCGAGUACAGCAAUUCCAUUAAAGCCGAUUGAGCAGCAACCAAGCUCAUUCACAGCGAACGUCGCGCAUACAACUAUGCCGAGUAUAGCUCCGCAAGUUCUCUUAUCUACAGCGAUC